GAAGCGGGGCGGAACUUUGUUGUGGCGUUGAGGAACAGGAAGCCCUGAAGGGUCAAAAGGAAUACAAAAGCAAAGGCUAUUUUCUUUCUUUUUAACCUUUCCUUUUUUUCUCUUUUUUCUUUUUCUUUCUUUUCUUUUUUUCGUAACGAGCCAACGACUUUGCGCUGGCGCUUUGGGGCGGGUGCCGCCGAGGUGAGGGAGUCUCGCCUCUCGCGCUCUGGUAGGUUGAUUGUUCCAUUAUGGAUGGAGGGGAUGACGGUAACCUUGUUAUCAAAAAGAGGUUUGUCUCUCAGGCAGAACUAGAUGAACGGCGCAAAAAGAGGCAAGAAGAAUGGGAGAAAGUUCGAAAACCCGAAGAUCCUGAAGAAUGUCCAGAGGAGGUUUAUGACCCUCGGUCUCUCUAUGAAAGGCUGCAGGAACAGAAAGACAGGAAGCAGCAGGAGUACGAGGAGCAGUUCAAAUUCAAAAACAUGGUGAGAGGCUUAGAUGAAGAUGAGACCAACUUCCUUGAUGAGGUUUCUCGGCAGCAGGAACUAAUAGAAAAGCAACGAAGAGAAGAAGAACUGAAAGAACUGACAGAAUACAGAAAUAAUCUCAAGAAGGUUGGAAUUUCUUCAGAAAACAAGAAGGAAGUGGAAAAGAAAGUGGCUGUGAAAUCCAUAGAAAACAAGAACAAGUUCUCCCAAGCAAAGCUGUUGGCAGGAGCUGUGAAGCAUAAGAGCUCAGAGAGUGGCAACAGUGUGAAAAGACUGAAACCAGACCCUGCCCCAGAUGACAAAAAUCAAGAGGCCUCGUCCUGCAAGUCUCUUGGAAACCCUUCCCUGAGUGGCCCCUCCAUCCACUGCCCCUCGGCCGCAGUCUGUAUUGGCAUCCUCCCAGGCUUGGGCGCCUACUCUGGGAGCAGCGACUCUGAGUCCAGCUCAGACAGUGAAGGCACCAUCAACGCCACCGGGAAGAUUGUCUCCUCCAUCUUCCGAACCAACACUUUCCUUGAAGCCCCCUAGCUCCUCUGUCCUUACCGAGGGAGCUCCUCCCCAAGGGUAGAUCGGACCAUUCUUUCUGUCUAUAGGCAUCACAUCUGUCAAAAAAAACUUUGCCAGCUUCCUGUGUACACCAUGACAUUUUUAACCUAAUCUAAAAAUGUGCCAGAAUC